AUGGCUAAUAAUUUCACCAAAUCAGACACGCUGUCUCAAAACAAACUAGCUGCUUCCAUACCAAGGUUUCUUGUAACUCGAAUGGGGGUUAUCCAGGAUAUCCCCACAGACUGGACUCUUGAUGAAAUUGUUGACGCUAUCAAGUUCCCCUCAAGUUUCGGUUUCCGCAUCAUUAUGAAAGCUAGAAGACUGUCCCGUCGACACAAGGCGACUGACCCAAUCUGCCCAGAGCAUAAAAGACAGAAAUCCAUCAAAAUGCUAAUGGCUGAAGAAAAUCUAGGUUACCUGGAGGCCUCCAAACGCUUCCCCCCAGAUUUGAAGAGACUACCAUUUCACUCCAAGGAUAACUUCUACCUAACCUUAAAAAUAAAAGAUAAACUUAGAGAAUGCCAUGAUGCCAAUUUGCAAGUAGUGUUGGCAUGGAUCCCUAGCCAUUCAGGCAUAACGGGCAACGAGGUCGUGGACCAAUGUGCUAAAGCUGCCAUACACCAGAGCUUCGCUUCUGACCAAAAAUGCUUUACUCGCGACAUAAGAUCUUCGAUAAGAUGUCUUCUAUUUGAAAAAUGGAAUAAAUUAUGGCAGCUCUCACGUAGAGCCAAGGGUCAACAUUACGGUAACAUACAGCCAAAUAUCCCUCCUAAACCCUGGUUCUUCAAGCACAAAGGCUAUUCUAAGGUUGUUACCUCGAAUAUUAUCAGAUUACGACUUGGACAUAUUUGUUCGCCAGUGCGCCUGGCCAAGAGCCGAAUAAGGGAUAGCUCUAUCUGUGAGUGUGGACUGGACGAAGGGUGGAUGGAUACUCUACCGAACACCGUCUAUACAUCACCGACGAUCUUUAUCAUACUGGCCGUGUGUUAUCCAACCUCGACACUGGCGGAAUCAUCAAGCCCUGAUGGAGCCAUAAUACACAAAAAUUGA